GCUCACUUAGUAGAGAACAGAAGAUGUAUAGAUUCGUCUCUGAGUGGUGGGGAGGGGAGAGUGAGGAGGAGGACGAGUCAAGGGCGAACGACCAUUUACUAGACAUGGCGAGCCCUGUGAUAGGUCCCAAAAACGGCAAGGGGAAACAGUCCUUCCUCUCAAAGCCGCAAUCCGCCUCAUCAAGAAAAGAAAUGUACAAGGCAGACGUUCCGCUUAGUACAAUUACGACCUCUAGUCCGGCGAACUCCGAAAAAAUUCGAAAGUUUAGUAGGUUCUCGUUGGAUUCGGAUGGCUCUGGGGAGCUGGAUUUAAACCGCAAUGCAAGCGUGGGUGACAAAUCGGGUGCUCAAAAGGCCCAGUCCAGAGUAGCACAGAAAGCAGCAAAAGCCACCAAGCUUCAGAUGCUCCACACAGCGUCUCUGUCUGGAGACGAGGCUGAGGUUAAGCGCUUGCUGGGAAAGGGAGUUGAUGUCAACCUGAGGGACUCUUUCGGCAAGACUCCAAUUCAUAAUGCCAUCAUCGGCAGACACGUGGAGAUUGUGAAACAACUUCUAAAGGCUGGCGCAAACAUAAAAAAUAAGGACGAGAGAGGAGACACCCCCUUGCACGACGCCGCUAGAGUAGAAAGCGAAGAGAUAGUAGAGGUACUACUGGCCGAGAAGAAUUGUGACGCGAAUGCCAAAGGUUUCAAUGGCUACACACCUCUACACAUCGCCGGACAGAUAGACAACGUCAACAUCUGCCGAAAACUGGUGGAGCAUGGUGGCAGCGUUGUAGCCGCCGCUGAUGACAAGAUGACCCCCCUCAGUAGCGCCGUUGCCAAGGGCGCCAGCAAUGCAGUAGAGUACUUCCUCAGCAAAGCCAAAGAAAAGGAGAUACCACUUGAGGACAUCCUUUACUAUGUGGACCAGGACGGAACCACGCUACUGCAUUUAGCAGUAGACAGCGGCAUUCUACCGAUUGUUGCGAUAUGUCUGCGAGCGGGAGCCAACAUUAGGCAGACUAAGGAGAGCGAUGGGGGUACAGCGUUCCAUCUAGCGUGCUCUCAAGGCUCACUGGAGAUAGUACAGCUAUUAGCCGGCGAGGACAAGGACCUGUGUAAAGCGAACUUGGUCGAUAGCGAGGGAGCUACGCCCCUUCAUAAAGCGGCCUCUUUUGGACAUACGCCUGUCGUGGCUUUCCAGCUAGAGCAGGGUGCGACCGUGGAUCCUCUUGACCAGAAGUGUCGUACCCCACUCUUCCUGGCAGCGUUAUCAGGCCAGGCAGAUACCGUCCAAGUCUUGAUGGAGCGAGGUGCUAAUAUCUCCUUAGUGGACCUUGAAAAGCGGUCUGCUCUCCACGCCGCCGUGCCGUAUGAGAUAACUGCUGAGAUGCUUUGCCGGAGCCCCGCCGCAAAGCCUAUGAUAGUGAAGCUUGACGUCACGGGGUAUGCCCCAGUCCACUAUGCGACCCGCGGCGGGGGAAAGAAGGUUGUUUCCCUGUUUGUAUCCAAGAAUAAAGAGGCGGCUACUGUGAAAUCCGAUUCACAGGACACACCCCUUCACAUAGCGUCCAAGUACGGGUGGUUACAAAUCGUUAAGAUGCUUCUCAAGAAACGCAAUGUGCGCAUCAUCAACUCCCAAAAUGCUCAGGGUCGGACGCCUCUUCACUUAGCGGCGGGGGAGGGACACGACGAGAUUACCGAGUUCCUACUGCAAGCCGGGGCGACCAUAGAGAGCGAUCAAAACGAGCGUACACCUCUGCACAUGGCAGCGCUCAACGGGUCGGAGCUGUGCGUGGAGCACAUCCUUCAGGCACACCCUGACUGCCUGAACAUCCUCGAAAAACACCAGAACACGGCACUCAACCUGGCGGCCAUGGCCGGUCACGCCCAGAUCGUCUCACGUCUUCUCUCCGUCAAAGAACAGGACAUUUUACUGAACGCGUACAACCAGAGCGUGUUGGACCUAGCGAUCAACGCAGAUAAGCGAGAGGUGACCAUGGCGAUAGCUGAACAUGACAGGUGGCGUGAGGUAAUCUUGGUUUCCCCUGGAGGUGGUGUGACACAAAUACAGACACUAGUUCGCACGAUGCCGGAUGUCGCCGAGAAAGUUCUAGACCGGUGCAUCGAGCGCGAAGGUGAUCCAUCCAGCAAAGAUUACAAGAUAACGUACGACCUUGGCCUAGUCCAAGGAAAAUACAGCACAGAUCAGAAGUUCCAGGAGUCGCUGGCGGCGCUACGUACUAUGGCCGAACGUAGGCGCGAAAACUGCCUGACCCAUCCCGUGUGUUACUUACUAAUGAAAAUCAAAUGGCGGAAGUUCGGCUGGAUCACCUUCUUUCUGAACUUGUCCAUCUACGUGGCAUUCUUGUUCUGCUUCACGGCUCUAACUGUGUACCUGCGCAGCAAUGAGCAAGACUUCUGUGGAAUCGUCUACAACACCACCAACCUCUGCAGCUCGUCCCUUAUAGUGAGGGAGACUCCAAACCCAAGCCUGGUCAAGUAUUCAGAUAUGCAAGACGGUUUUGUGAAGCUUCUACACAUCGUAUGUAUUGUUCUGGCGUGUUUUCAUCUCAGCAAAGAAGUCCUACAGAUUGUCAGGCUGCGUCUUAAAUAUUUCACUGACAUCACGAAUUACAUCGAGAUGGCCAUCUACGCCACCGCGCUUGUCUACUUGUUCUCCCGCCCGUGGAAUUGCAAGACCUCCACUGUCCAGGCGGCAGCUUUCUCGAUAUUCUUGGGAUGGCUUAACCUUAUCCUCUAUUUCCGAAGGAUGUCUUUCUACGGCAAGUACGUCAUCAUGCUGACAGCAAUGUUCAAGACAUUGUUGCAGGUCAUGGUCCUUUUUGUCCUUUUCUUGAUGGCGUUUGGCACGACUUUUUAUAUUCUGAUGGACAACAAGCCUGGCUUCAGCACCCUUUGGUACUCGAUCCUAAAGACGUUCGCUAUGACGCUUGGUGAACUCGACAUGGAGAAUAACUUUAUUCCGUCAUCUAAGCUCAACUACGCACCGGCCAUGAACAUCCUCUUCAUCCUUUUCUGCCUUGGAAUGCCAAUCAUUCUCAUGAACAUGCUGAUCGGUUUGGCUGUUGGUGAUAUCGACAAGAUUCAGCAAAAAUCCGUGAUGGAUCGCUACGUCAUGCAGGUCGAGCUUCUCCUCGAGCUUGAGAGCUCUUUGCCUUCCUUUAUCAUGAGGCGUGUCCAAGUGACGGAGCACAUCGAGUACCCCAACAGAAAGGUCCCCCUCAGGACCAGGUUGUAUGAUAAGAUCCAAGGAUUCGGUCAGCCUGAGAAUGGUGAAGAUGAAGAUGAGUUACCUCCUGCGCUGGCACAAAUUGUUGACAAAAUGGAAGACCAACAGAACAAAAUUGAUGAGAUGUACACCCUGGUCAAGCAACAGGCCCAGGUUCUCUCUCAGCUUGCUCGCCGAGAGGGACUGGACACAGAUAACGGAAGUAAUGGUGGCCGCAAAGGCAUUGUCAGCUGGUUUCGUAAACGUUGACACUUAAGGCUCUAGUUAAGCCUUUCAAUAGUAGAACUACACUUUUGAAAGAUAAGGAUUGAAUCAACAUGCUCAAAACGUCAGUGCAACCACUGUUUCACAGAGGUGUUUAACAUACCUUUUUAACCUUGUGUUGAUUCAUACCUUGUCUACACCAUGCCUACGCAGACCAUCUAGUUUUUCUACAGCUUGAUUGUAGUCUUUCUAUUUAUACCAUUUUGAAAGAUAAUUUUCUAAUUUUUUUCAGGAUAAUAUUUGUCUUAGGUUUGAAGUUGGUGCUGUAAAUGUUUAUAGCAUCAAAGAUAUGUCCUCAUCUUUUGGAAUAGUAUGACAAAAACUAGAGAGCAACUGACUUUUUAUGUUUUUUUUUUUAUUCAAAUUUAAACUGCAACAUUAAAAAAUUUGCUGGAUGCAUCUUGCGAUUACAUAGAGAGGACCCCACACCUACUGAAAAAACAGCAGCAACAACAACAACACAAAAAAGGAGGAGAUAUCCUCUCUGGAAUCAAACAAUGUUAGGAUUUUGUAGCACCUGAGCAAUCUAGGCGUCAUAUAGUUAGAAUCAUUUAGAUAGUAGAUAAUCCUUUCAAAUAAAAAUCCCUGACCUGCAA